UAUAUAAUUGAUAACAAGUGAUGAUUUUAACAUCAGCUACUAUGAGAUCUCUCUUCCUAACAAUAUCUCCCUUGUUCUUCUUCCUUCUUACGAUCCUUGCAUCCACAGUAACCGAGCCACGUCCAACUCCCAUACUAAGACACGACAACCAAAGCAGCGACCUCGUCUCAGCCAUUUCCGACAUGAGAAGAGAAUCUUACUACGGGUUUGUAACCCUUCUCCACAUCCUCAACGACACAGAUUUCUUCAGGAGCCAAGAGAUCACUUUCUUGAUGCCUAACGACGAGGACAUAUCUCAAGCGGACAUGACUCGAGAGAGUCUUGAGACGUUCAUCUUAAGACACGCGAUCCCUGCAUGGCUUAUGAUCAACCACAUGCUUCGCUUCCCUAACAAAACUCUUGUCCCUUGUAGCAUCCCUGAUAGAAUGUUCACCAUUACAAAGUCAGGCGGGUCGGGACUUUUUGUGAAUAAUGCGAGGAUUGUUUCUCCUAAUAUCUGUCAGAACUCUCGCAUAUCGUGCCAUGGAAUCAGCAAUGUUAUUACGUUCAAUGAAGACUCGUUUCCAAAGGGAAGGUUAUCACCCAAAAUGUUAUCAUCAAGAAUCAAUUCAUCGAGGCACUGAAACUUCCUUCUCGUGUCUCAUCAACUUUGGAGGGUGUGAAGAUGUUCUAAUAUGCUUUUUAAGAAAAUAAUAAGAGUUGUAGAUUUGUCAAAAAAAUCAUGUAACAGAGCUGCAGUGUGACCAAUAAACUCUGGACUGUGUUUUCCUUUAUGAAGAUCAGAUUCAAAUUACUAGA